AUGAUGAAGAUGCCACAGUUAACAAGAUUGCGCUGGAGCUAUGCACCUUUACCCUGGCGGUUGCCCUGGGCGCUGUCUUACUCCUGCCGUUCUCCAUCAUCAGCAACGAGGUGCUGCUCUCCUUGCCACGCAACUACUACAUCCAGUGGCUCAACGGCUCGCUCAUCCAUGGUCUCUGGAACCUCGUUUUCCUCUUCUCCAAUCUGUCCCUCGUCUUUCUUAUGCCCUUUGCAUAUUUCUUCACAGAGUCUGAAGGCUUUGCUGGCUCCAGAAAGGGUGUCCUGGGCCGGGUCUACGAGACAGUGGUGAUGUUGAUCCUCCUCACGCUGCUUGUACUGGGCAUGGUGUGGGUGGCAUCUGCCAUUGUAGACAAUGACAAGGCCAGCAGGGAGUCACUCUACGACUUCUGGGAGUACUACCUUCCCUAUCUCUACUCCUGCAUCUCCUUCCUCGGAGUUCUGCUGCUUCUGGUGUGCACUCCACUAGGUCUCGCCCGAAUGUUCUCUGUCACUGGGAAGUUGCUGGUCAAGCCCCGGCUACUGGAAGACCUGGAAGAACAACUGAACUGCUCAGCCUUUGAGGAGGCAGCUCUGACUCGAAGAAUCUGCAAUCCCACCUCCUGCUGGCUGCCACUGGACAUGGAACUGCUGCAUAGACAGGUCCUGGCUCUGCAGGCACAGAGGGUCCUCUUGGAAAAGCGUCGGAAGGCGUCAGCCUGGCAAAGGAACCUGGGCUACCCUCUGGCCAUGUUGUGCUUGCUGGUGCUGACGGGCCUGUCUGUCCUCAUCGUGGCCGUCCACAUCCUAGAGCUGCUCAUCGAUGAGGCUGCCAUGCCGCGGGGCAUGCAGGAUGCUGCCCUAGGCCAGGUCUCCUUCUCCAAACUGGGAUCCUUCGGCGCCAUCAUCCAGGUUGUACUGAUAUUUUACCUGAUGGUGGCUUCAGUGGCAGGUUUCUACAGCUCUCCACUCUUCGGAAGCCUGAGGCCUAGGUGGCAUGACACAUCGAUGACACAGAUCAUUGGGAACUGUGUCUGCCUCCUGGUCCUCAGCUCAGCACUCCCUGUCUUCUCCAGAACCCUUGGGCUGACACGCUUUGACCUGCUGGGUGACUUUGGACGCUUCAACUGGCUAGGCAAUUUCUACAUCGUGUUUCUCUACAAUGCAGCCUUUGCUGGCCUCACCACACUCUGUCUGGUGAAGACCUUCACUGCAGCCGUGAGGGCAGAGCUGAUUCGAGCCUUUGGGCUGGACAGACUGCCACUGCCUGUCUCUGGUUUUCCCCGGGCCUCUAGGAAGAAGCAGCAUCAAUGACCUCCAGCUGGGGCCUGAGAAGGAGAAAACUGGGCAAUGCCUAGGCCUGGUGGCAGGCCCCAGGUGGCUGGACCUCAGGACCUGGAAUCUGAGAGAGUAGGUGACAGAGGGGACAGACCGUCUGCACUGUUGCUUAAUCUGAGCCAGAGUUUGGGACCCUGCUGGCCUCCUGCCUUUUCAGAUGUAGCUGUGGCCUGAGCAUCCAUCCGGUAGAGCUGGGGGACUCGCUCUAGUUCCUGGUCCCAAAUACGUUUACACAUCUAUCUGCCUCAAUCCUGUUCCAGGCCAUGCCUGAAGCCAUGUUUACAUGAUUUGAUGUGCAAUAGGGUGGGUGGGAGUUGGGGGACUGGGCCAGGGUUAGGUUCUAGAGAUAGGCUAUCUUCCUUGCCUCUGGCCCAGAAGAGCCGAUGCACUGUGCUAGCCUGUAGAGGGUUUUGGACCACUGGAGAGACCAAGGGUGCUGGGAGGAGGCGGCUGCACCCACGAGCAAUAAAGUUGUUCCCAGGG